UGUCUGUGCCGUCGGUCUCAACGGACGUAUUCUGUCCGUUUCGUCGGUCUAUGGUAGUGUUUUCCCCUAUCUUCGCUGCGCUGAACUCUCUGGUCUGGUGGUCUGGUGUGUUUGGUUGAUUUACCUCUUCUGGUCUGUCAGUUCAAAGCAGUUUGUUCGUACGGGUGUGUGCUUUGUUGUACCUAUGCGCGCCGCGUUUUAAUUCUUGUCCAUUUUUGAUUCCGCUAGUUGGAUUCUUUUUGUGCAACAGCCUCAGUAUAUCGAUAUAUUGAUGGUGUUUUCGUUGGAAUUGAUGUCAUGUUUCCCGAUAUUUUGUGUUAAAAAUAAGUGCAACAAGAUAUGCUGAUUGCGUGCAACAAAAAUGAUCACUGAAAAGGGGGUGUUUGGGUGUAGAAAGAAGGCUUGAAAGUCCGGAAAAGUGAUAUGACCGUCAUACGAAGGUAGUGCAAAAAAGAACAGCAUGAAGCGAAAAUGAGCUGUCAAAGUGGAAAUUUCUUUUAUCAACAUAGCAGCCGUUGCUUGCGUCGUCGCUGUCGUCGUAAUCGUCGUCAUGAAAACCAAAAAUGAGUAUCAACCAUAAUAUCAACAGCAGCAUCAGGUGUGAACUUCGAUUCUAAUUUGAACUGGAAGUUUUUGCUGGAAUACAUACUGUUACUCAUCCACUGAGAGCAAGUGGAGAGUCAUCGCCCGGAAAUUGGAAAUUAGUUCGAAAUUUCUACGGCCGUCAACGUCAAUAAAACAAGGUAGAUGGUGACCUAUUGCACUGCCACUGCGGUCAACUGCAUAUCGUGAUAAUCGUAAACUUUUUUCCUCCAUCAUCUCCAACAAGCAGACCACACUGCACACUGCGGGCAGUCAGUGUGUACACUGUACACACGACGAUAACAACACCAUCCACAAAUAGCUGGGCGUCAUACGCAAUAAUAAAAAAAGCUUUAUGCCAUUACGCACGAUCUGCCCCGUCCGAGGAAUGACAAUCGAAAUGGCCGGCCUUGCGACGUCGGAGAUCUGCGAAAACACCAAGCUGGCACGGGAGAUGGCCGUCAUGGGGAACUACGACUCGGCCGGCAUCUACUACGAAGGAGUGCUGCAAAUGCUGCGGAAGCUACUGAUGGGCAUCUCCGAACCGAUCCGGAAGGGCAAGUGGACUAUGAUCCAGCAGGAAAUCAACAAGGAAUACUCCCAGAUGAAGCAGAUCCAGAAGAGCCUAACCGAAAUUACCAUGGAUCUGCAGAACGCCCCGCUCCAGGCUCGGAUCCGUACGCCAUUGCACGAAACGGCCAACCGGGAUCCGGCAGCGUGGUUCCGAGCGGAUCCCGACGUCUGGAUGCCACCGAACCCGAACCGGGACCCGGACGUUUGGGGACCUCCGCCGGACAUGAACACUUCCCGCACGAUAGCCUCCCGCAACCAAAGCCGAUCGAGUACGACUCUGAACCGCAAGGCCGAGGUCAACAGGAAAAACGCCGUCACCAAGUCGGCCACCUCAACGGCCAUUGCUGGUCGGAGGACGACGGCGAGUUCGAAUUCACGGACGAGUAACGGUAAAACCGGAACGCUGCCGCGGAACAAGGCCAAACAGAAUUCGAUCGAUAGCGGGGGGCCCGAGGGAGGCAAGGGGGAGAAAACCGACAAGGAGAAGAACGACGAGGACAAAGAGGACCAGGAGAACCAAGAGGAGCCGGAGCGGAAGUUUGAACCGGCCAGCCAUUCGGAUGUGGAUCUAGUCGACAUGCUGGAGCGAGACAUUCUGCAGAAGAAUCCCAACAUUCACUGGGACGACAUAGCCGAUCUGCAUGAGGCCAAGCGCCUGCUGGAGGAAGCCGUCGUGCUUCCCAUGUGGAUGCCGGACUAUUUUAAAGGUAUUCGAAGACCUUGGAAGGGAGUGCUGAUGGUGGGCCCACCCGGAACCGGUAAAACCAUGCUGGCCAAAGCGGUGGCAACCGAGUGCGGGACCACAUUCUUCAACGUGUCCUCGUCAACCCUGACCUCGAAAUACCGAGGCGAAUCGGAGAAGCUAGUUAGGUUACUUUUCGAAAUGGCACGUUUCUAUGCCCCCAGCACCAUAUUCAUCGAUGAAAUCGAUUCCCUGUGCUCACGGCGAGGAUCCGAGUCGGAACACGAGGCCUCCCGGCGCGUCAAAUCCGAACUGCUAGUACAAAUGGACGGAGUCAGCAAUGACGAAGCCACCAAAAUCGUCAUGGUCCUGGCGGCCACCAACUUCCCCUGGGACAUCGAUGAGGCCCUCCGGCGCCGGUUGGAGAAGCGUAUCUACAUCCCGCUGCCCAACAAGGAAGGCCGCGAAGCACUGCUCAAAAUUAACCUGCGCGAGGUGAAGGUGGACGAAUCGGUGGACCUGACCACGAUCGCGACUCGACUGGAUGGCUACUCCGGAGCGGACAUUACCAACGUGUGCCGCGACGCGAGCAUGAUGUCCAUGCGGAGGAAAAUAGCCGGACUCAAACCGGAGCAGAUCCGCCAGCUGGCCAAGGAGGAACUGGACCUGCCGGUGUCCACGCAGGACUUUACCGAGGCGAUGGCCAAGUGCAACAAGUCCGUCUCCAAGGACGAUCUCAUGAAGUACCAACAGUGGAUGCGGGAGUUCGGAUCGUCGUGAUCCCCGUCCGCAGUCAUCCGGACGAGAGAACCGUGCAAUAGUGGAUCGCUUGUGUCGUUCGCGCGUCGCCAUCAAAACUCAGUUUUAAUCAGUUUUUUGUCUCAUUUUGUGCGUUUUAUUUGGUCGUCCUUUUAGAAACGAAAAUUUUUAUAUUAUUUUUGUUCAUUUCCCGAUUUGUGGUUGUAUUAUUUUGUCCCACAAUUUAUUUUCUCACAUUCACAACACCAAGAUGCAUGGCUGAUGUCCGAGAUGUUCGAAUAUGUUUUAAAAUUUUCGUUUGAGAGCAUUGAUUUUUGUUUUGUGAAAUUUUCUUAUUAUUUUGCGACGGCACUAACACACGCACUGACUUUAACAAUCUUUGAACUAUACACCCGAAGGCCCCCAGCUUUGUGAUGGAAGAGAGAAAGAGUAGAGGUAUCGACUUGCUUUUGUUGCUACUUUUCUCACAUGUUUCUGCUUAAUUAACUGAAGGAUGAAGAAAGGAAGUGUUAGGCUAUACAAUCUUACGAUAAUUUUCCUAGAAACCCGAAAUAAUAUCACUAGAAAUACUAAAAUAUUUGAUAAGAAUAAUUUUAUUAAUAAAAUUUUAAUGGUAAAAUA